CCAAAAAAGUCAACAUCGUAAAAUACAACGUAAUCGUAAAAGCGAAAUUAAAACCCCCUCGCGCCAACUACACACUCCCCCCAUUCCCCGUGUUGCAAUCGACGAGCUCAUUCAAAAUUAGACAGCGCAAUUAUUGUUUAAAAUACACCUUAUAUUAUUUCCCUCCCUUAUACAGCCGACAGCGCAGUGCAGGGCCUCGUAAAGGCCCAGACACACGCACACACACACACAUCCCUGUACAUAUAGCCACUGCAUUGUAGACGCAGGGUGGAAAGCAGCGGUACAUACAGCUCAGGCACGUCCGCACAUACGCUCGAGCGAACCCCGCAGAAGUCCGACAAAGACGGAGACAAUCCCUCCACACAUACUCGGCUGCUGUUGCUACCGCGCGUUUGGCGCGUGCUCGCUCGCCCCACCACUUCCCUUUUGCUAACCGGAUCUCUCCCCUCGUCCUCUUCCGAAGCCAGCGCGCGCGCGCGCACACAAAAAACCGGCAAGGGGGAUGGCUCUCGGUCUCUCCCUCCCCUUGGCACUGCACGCACGCGACUCUCUCUCCCUUCCUCGCCGGCAGCUCGCGCGCGCGCGCGAGCCUGAAAUUCAAACCAUCUAUCGAAUGUCCCGGGCGGGCGAACAGCAGCAGCAGCGGGUUGUGUACACGAGUGCGCGCCGGCUGCCUUCAUUCUACACGCGGCUGGCACGCAGGGCGCUCUGUCGUGUUUUACGCGCGCGCCCAUAUUACGCUGCCUCGAUUAGCGCGAGUCAGUCCUGCUCCCGAUGUUUCGUGUAUAAAUUCGCCAAGAUCACGUUGUAAAUCCUACAUCGCCGACUCGUAGUUUUUAAGUGAAUUUACCCAGUGCAUUUUUUGAGUGAUAUACGCAUACAAGUGACAGUGAAUACUCUGUGCACUUCAGCCACGAGUCUUCAGUGGGAGAGCUGUCCUCGUCAUCAUCGAGCGAAAGUGGAAGCCAGCAGCUCUCGUUUAUUUAUAAGCCCGCGCCAAUUACGAGAGCGUUCAGCAGAGAGCGACGCAUCAUCGUCAUCCCGCGCGCGACGAAAAAAUAUAUGAAGAGCCCGCUGGUAUGCCGGCUAACGCAAAAGUGCCUCUGAGAGAACGAGACUGACCUUUCGCCGCUUCUCGGAUGCUCGUUGAGUCAUAGUUUCUGCAGAAAACGACGACGCUAUUUUUCGAGUACUUAUAUAGAUAUCAGAUUCGCAAGUUUCAUCGCGAAAUCAUACGACGAGCUGCUCCCGAAGUUGUAAAACAUUGAUGAGGUAGCCAAAGACGCAUCAGAGGUGCUCGAUUCGCCGAGAAGCAUCACCUGGCCAGAGCUCAUAAUGUCGACAAUGGGCAUAGCUGUCUACGGCAACAAUAACAGAGUGGACGGCGGCAACGCGGGUGAGCAGCUGAUGCUACUGCGCACUCUUCAGGACAACGAGCGCAACAUCAUCGGUAACAACAAUCGCGCUCCUCAAGCUCUGGCGCCGAAGAACAACGUCAGCGUCAUCAACGUCAAUACCAGUGUUAACCAGCAGAUUCAGCAGCAUCAGCAGAACGAGAACGAGCAGGCCACGAGGCGGCCGACGAAUCAACAGCAGAACAAUGUGCUGCCGCCCUACGAUCCGUCCAGGUUGAAGAAGCAUGGCAAAAACGGCCAACCGCCACCGAUCGCUGUUGCCAAGAGGAAUGCCAGGGAGAGGAAUAGGGUGAAACAGGUGAACAACGGUUUCGCAACACUGCGCCAGCACAUCCCGAGCCACGUGGCCCAGGGAUACGGUGACCGGGGUAAGAAACUCUCGAAGGUCGAGACCCUUCGUAUGGCGGUGGAGUAUAUCCGGGGCCUGCAAAGGCUACUGGCCGAGGCCGACGGCCUGGACUACGACGCGGUCAAUGCCAGCAGUCGGGCCAACAACGACUCCUCGAUCAUGAUCCCGUCGCCCACCGGUAGCGUCUACUCCAGUAGUACUCACAACGGUUCCGGAGAUGUCCUGUGUUUGGCUGGAUCGGAGCUGGACGAGCAACAGUCGAUUGCCGGUGGAGAAACAGUGGUGAUGGACGACGAUGUCGACGGCGAGGGUUACCUGCUGGAGGAGGAAGACGAAGACGACGAGAAGAAGGAGGGGAGGGACCCCAAACGCUUUCGGGACGACGGAGGAGCGCAGAAUAGACUCUCGGAGAACCAGAAUCGAAGCUCAGCCGCACGUCGACGACGCAACUCCCCGACGACCUACUACGUAUCUCGGCAGUCGACGUUCGGCGACGAGGAGAACAUCGAGCCCCUCGUGAACCGCAAUAACAACAACAACAUCAACAACAAUAAUCUCCUCACGAGUUUCUCCCCUAUCCUCCUUCAGUCCUCUCCAACGAACGCCAGCCUACCUCCGAUAAAACGCGAAAUUCGUCUAAUCGACGAAGACGAGACUCAACGCUCCAACGAGGAGGACCCCACCAACGCCGUGAUCCUGGCAUCCUCGUCCCCGUAUUCCGGCGAGAUUCUGAUCGAGAACCCGGAGACCGGCCGACUGAUGCCCCUGAAACUAGAGGAUCACGAGGCCGCAGCGGCAGCGGCCAGUGCCCAGCUAGUCUACGUCGCGGCCAGCGCUGAAGGUCUGCCCACCACCACGUACUACAAGCACGACUUGGUCGAAGGCUCUACGGAAUUCAUGGACGUGGUCAGCUGGUGGGAGCAGGAACAGGGCAGACUGGUACACCAGCUCCAGGGACAUCAUCACCAGGUAGUGCACCAGCACCAGCCCACGACGCACCAGCAACAGUUGACGGCUCAGCAGAGACUGACGCACGUUUGACGCACAGUCGCUCUGCACUCGUGAGUCCGAGUGCGAUUAACAAUAACCCAGCGACGAGGCCAACGAGAAACUCUGCAAUGGGGCAUCGUCCGUUAUCCGUCGAUGGCACGGCCGAGAUAAGGUGGAAAAAAAAUUUUUUCCUCCGCUUGGAGAGAGCCGAGCAAAUGACGGCGCCGCAACCGACCGAACGAUGAAGGGUUGAAACGCCGCCGGUGGGAAAGUACAAGAAUCGAGGGACCAAAAAACGAACGAGCGAAUAACAAGUGGUUGUGUCUUUCUGCAUUUAUAUUGUAUAUUUGCGCAUACACGAAAUGUGUUCCUCUUCGAGUGAACGAAGAGAAUAAGAGAGCGAGAGAGCGUAAGCAUGACAAUACGACGAUACGUGUCCUUAUAACGGUACACAGCGUGUGUACACGAACUCGAAAUGUAUACUGAAUGUGCGAGAUGAUAUUUAAUUUUUAUCGUAGACAUAACUUUUUCUGUAUGUGCCUUAAACAGUCAUCGAGAAUUAAUUGAUACGCAGUUUUGUUUCAUAUUGCUAUUUUCAUUGAUUAUUGAUCUUACAAUAUACGUAUAUUAUUCUAUAUUAUUAUUUUAUAGUUCCGUUAUGGAUAAAGGCUCUUUUACUGAAAUUCGCUUGUGAAUCAGAUGAUUGAUAAGACAAAAUUUCAUAGUAUAACUCGAGGCAUAACAUUGUACUUAUUAUUUAUGCGCAUAUUCCAGUACUUUAAAAUAUGUAUUUUAACUUUGUUGUACUUAUUCCGGCCAUACUUAAUAUUGUAGUAUAGAUUGUUAAAAUGUUUGCAUUGCGACUAUCUGUUAAUACAAAAAUAACGACGUUUUUGUAUAACUUCUUAUUUAUGUUUUAACAAAAAACAUUAUAAUCUGCCAAUAAUAGUUCUACACAUCUAUAGGUAUUAUUUAUUGAGCGUAGUUUUCUAAUGUAGCUUGUUUCAAUGAAUUCCAAUAAAGUUCUCUAUACUAAUAAAAUCAAUUACAUUUUAUAUGUGUAGAGACAUUUUCAAAAGUGCACAGUAUUUGUAAAUAGAGUAUUUUUUUAUUUUAAUGAUUUAACAAUAAUGUUCAAACUUUGCGCUAUGAGUUUGAAGCGUAAUUGCGGAUACGAGCCAUAAAACCUUUAUUAACUUGUUCAUAGACUAGUCUUAAGAAUUUUCCAUUGAAAAAGAAUGAAAUAUUUUGUAUGUAUUUUUAUAUAAGAACGUUAGUUAGGUAUUAUACUAUAUAAUGUUUUGUCUCGAGCCUUACAAAGCUAAGCAAUACCUCGAAACUACUGAAUUUUAACGCACAAAUUUAAGAGCAUUUCCAUAUAUUUAAAUACUACCAUAAAUCGUAUUUUUUAUAUACGUUUAGCCAUUUAUGAUAUUGGUAACAUAUAUUUAUUGUUCAACAAUAAAUGAGGAGCGCUUUCCAAUGAUUGUCUCAUUACACUGUAAGUCUUGUAAUAUAGUGCCUUUCCGAAUCACGGAUAAAUUUUUGUAAUUACAUAUUUUGACUAAUAUCUGAUAUUUUAUACGGAAAAUACAUUAAAAAUAAAUUUACAAAUAUC